AUUGUACUGAUAACAAUGUAAUAACUAACUUUGUACUGAUAACAGUGUAAUAACUAACAUUGUACUGAUAACAAUGUAAUAACUAACAUUGUACUGAUAACAAUGUAAUAACUAACUUUGUACUGAUAACAAUGUAAUAACUUACUUUGUACUGAUAACAAUGUCAUAACUAACUUUGUACUGAUAACAAUGUAAUAACUAACAUUGUACUGAUAACAGUGUAAUAACUAACUUUGUACUGAUAACAAUGUCAUAACUAACUUUGUACUGAUAACAGUGUAAUAACUAACAUUGUACUGAUAACAAUGUCAUAACUAACUUUGUACUGAUAACAAUGUCAUAACUAACUUUGUACUGAUAACAAUGCUAUUCGUUACUUUGUACUGAUAACAGUGUAACAUGAUAACCAUGCUAUCCGUUACUUUGUAUAUUCCUGUAAAAUAUAGUUUCGUGUAACGUGCACUACCUCGGUUCAUCCAUAUAACCGUACACUUUAAAAUAAUUAACAAAUUGACCAUAACAGACGGACAUAGUCCAUGGAGACUAACGUUGAUCAGGUAUUGCGGGCUUAUCAGUGCCAGUAGGCCGUGUGUUCACUCCCACGGCACUCACGGGGUCCGAUAGACUUAUCACACCUGUCGACUGUACAGCAGCCACACUAAAUCUCCCUCAAUAACACGACACCCGAAACAUUGUAAAACGACUGCAUUGGAUACGUGCGUAGGAUAUAGGAAGCUGAUAGGUAUUAUCCACUUGAUCUGGUCGUCAAUUCAACAUUUAACAGCAUUUCAUUCAUGGUUUCAUCUCGGUACAUACGUGUGGGGUUUUACUCUGUGACUAACACUUCCGAUUGACGGCGACUGUUGAGGCGACAUAUAUUGUCACAGGGACUCUCACCUGGUUCUGUCAACACACAGACAUCGGAUGAAGUGCCAGACCUUCUUGCGACUUACCGAUUUGGGAUUUUAAAGGACUAAAAUAACCGCACAGAUCAGCACAUUUACGAACUAGCGAUGCGUUCGUUGAUUGAGGACGUUCGGUCGUCCUGCGACUUUGAUAUGACGGAAGGUAACCAACCAACAGAUAGUUACUGGGAUGUCCCCGGUCUACGAGGCAGUGAUUAUUCGAUCCGGAAAAGGCCAUUUAAACAAGGGCCAGGAUCACCGUCAGAUUCCGGCGGAAGUUCCACCACAGAAGAAUCAGGAGACCGGAAACUGAAGAGCCCCAAAAAGUCAUCUAGGCGAAGAAAAGGUGUGAGUGCUAGGGAACGUAACAUACGUAGAAUAGAAAGCAAUGAACGUGAGCGCAUGCGCAUGCAUUCGUUAAACGAUGCAUUCCAGGACCUGCGGGAAGUGAUUCCCCAUGUUGAGUUGGAAAGGAAAUUAUCAAAAAUAGAAACACUAACAUUAGCCAAAAACUACAUCAAAGCCCUCACCAACGUUAUAUGUGAGUUCCGGGGAGAAAAGGGACCAUACGCAUUCGAGAAGGCAAAAAUAAACAAUAUCGAGGACAUGGAUUCUUCCGACGAGUUGGAACCAAUUCAAAACCAAUGUUCUGAUAAUGAAAAUGUGGAGGUAGAUGACAAUUACGAUAUGCAAGAAUCUCUUGGAAGUGUAAGCGACUAAAUUCUGCAGUUUUUUUUUCUUCUGGAGACGGGAACUUAACGUGCUAUAUUGUAUUCGUCAGUCUCGUUGUUACGCCAUGGUUCUCAUCCAUACGGUGGCCCGAGGAUGGGCGUGUCCCCAAGUGUUGAGGAGGGGCGUGUCCCCGUGUGUCACGAGGAGGGUCGUGUCCUCUUGUGUCGUGAAUCGGGGCUUUUCCCUGUGUGUUGUGAGGAAGGGCGUGACUACCCCGUGUGUGAUAGAGGGAUGUGACCUUUAAGCUAUCAGCAUGCCUCUAAAGGAAUGUAAUGAGAUUUUCUAUUUGGGAUUAUUUUGGUGCUCGUCAUGUUUGCGGAUUGACACAAUAUCUUGAUCGUGAAAACCGUUAGGCCACGUAAGGAUGGGACAAAUCACUCCACUUCACUCCAUUCGUGUAAUUAUUAUAACAUACAUGAUAUAUGAUAUAUAUAUAUAUAUUUUCGAAUGAUAUUUUGAUAACUUUAUUUUGAGAAGAUUUGUUACAGAACUGGUACCAUAUAACAUUCCAUCUUUACUUCAUCCAUAUGUUAUACUACCGUAGCAUACGUCACAUGACCGCCCGUGACGUCAUACUGCCGCCCGUGCUUCCACGUCCCAUAGACUGUAUUUAUUUUUCAUGCUCAUUUCAUGAGGGAGGCGGUGAUCGUAGAAGUCGUUGACUGACGCUCAAAUAAGAGACUGGCCCGUAGGGAGCGGCUCGCUAGCGCAUGCUGGCUAGCUUUCUGUGUAUAGUUAGCUAGGAGAUGAAUCGCUACUAUAGUAUAUUUUACCAUAUAUAUUUAAUACACUAAACAUAUUUAUUUUAUUAUCGCCUUCAUAUGUAUCGGCGGUUCGUUUUAUUUUCAUGUGAAGCCUGUACACAAGGAAAAAUCGAGCAAUUCGAUUUCUUUUUCAAUUUUAUGUUAUUUUAUGUCAAACGUGUAAAAACAGUAUUUAUUUUUUUAAUAUAUUGAAUUCCAAUUUGAAGCAGUUUCAAGCUUUAAAAGAAAAUACAGAAAAAUGUUUCUUUUAAGUGACUGUUUUCAUUUUUUCGGGCGUAGUCAAAUGCAAGCACACACAGAGAGUUGGUAAACACAACGUACUAGGUCUAGUCACACUCUGUAUGUAUGUAUAACCAGCUAAAACCCCUUUACAAUGACCAAGAUUCUGAAAUGAAAACUCUUUACUAUUAGCAUGUUUCUGAAUUUAGUGUUUAUCUGAGCUCCGAUGUAGUUAUCCCAAAUACACAUCCAGAAAUUCAAGCUUAAUUAUCAUACACUGUUAUCUUCCUCAUUAUCGCCUGUUUGUCCUCUUUAACGUUCCGAGAAAAGAACUGAACUCCUGAAAAAAGCCAGUAUCAACGUCAUGGAUUCCAUAGCAACGACAAAUAUUUCAAAUUUUAAUCUAGCAUAUCGUAUGUUUUUAUAUCCUUCGUAUAAUCAACGUUUUCAGUAAGAAAUCAUAUUAAAGUUCAUACUUAAAAUAAGUCAUUCAAAAGGACUUAAUUUCGCGAAAGGGUCACCAUAUAAUGUAUGUAUGUAUCACUACGCACAUGACAGAAAACAACAUGACACGAGUCGGCUAGCUACUCGUAUGACUUACUAGAAAACAACAUGACACGAGUCGGCUAGCUACUCGUAUGACUUACUAGAAAACAACAUGACACGAGUCGGCUAGCUACUCGUAUGACUUACUGUGAACUUCUCGGACUGCUACACUAUUCCAGAUUAGCGAUUUGUCGGAUUGUACAGGUUUCCAUGCUAUGACAGCAUAAGACAUGUUUUCCAUGUAUAUUAGGUUCGGUUUGUAUAAUACCGAUUGUACUGCGAUCGGUUAAGGACAGUUCACAAAUUAUACUGGUUAAUCAUAUAUCAUAUAUAGGUUGUUAAACAUUUUGUUUCCAUAUAGUAAAUAAUAGUGUGACAGCUAUGACAUUGGCAGCACGUGCUACUGAUUACGUACUAGAGCGGGAUCCUCUCCCCAGGUUGUUACUCAUUGUUCUUUGAUUUAUAAUUAACUCGGUUAAUUUAUUGACUGCCUCAUCACAUACAAGUUUUAGCACAUUGUAUUGGACAAAUAGAACGAACACAAGCAUUACACAGUGACAAUGUGAACUAGACAUUACUUUAGCUGCAGAAACAUCAGUUAUCAGCUUGGAUGAAUUUAAUAUGAGAUAAUUUUAAUUACUCUUUCAUGGCAGUGACUACAGGUGUAUAACGUGUUGUUCCGGACUAUAAACAACGUUGACACCACGCAAUGUGUUGUUCCGGACUAUAAACAACGUUGACACCACGCAAUGUGUUGUUCCCGACUAUCAACAACGUUGACACCACGCAAUGUGUUGUUCCGGACUAUAAACAACGUUGACACCACGCAAUGUGUUGUUCCGGGCUAUAAACAACACUGACACCACGCAAUGUGUUGUUCCCGACUAUCAACAACGUUGACACUACGCAACGUGUUGUUCCGGGCUAUAAACAACACUGACACCACGCAAUGUGUUGUUCCGGGCUAUAAACAACACUGACACCACAUAGUGUCACCUCUCUCCCGUACACUGGAGAUAGUCGAGACCUAGUCACUUUUGAUUCCAUCAUGGAUUUAAAUCAAAUGAAAGUAGACAAGUAUAUUUCAGAGCGAUACCAUAAAACUGAUGAUUAUUGCAUUUCUUAAUUAUGAAUACAUAUCUAUACAUAUGUUGCUGGUUGAUACUAACAGCAAACCAUUUUCGCCUAUUGAAGUUGCAUAUAAACUUAUGUAGAAUAUAAACGGUUUUAUAAGAAAUACACAUAAUACGUACAACGUUUACAUGUCUACUUCAACAACAGCAAUUAAACGGGGUAUUAAACGUGUCAGUUUUAGCUGACUGGGUAGUUCUUAUCUCUCUGUGUGUCGCUUGCAAGGUUUCAGUUUUUUUGUUUUUUUUUUGUACUUUUCAUUUUAUCUUCUGAAUAUGUUUUUCAUUAGUUAUAGAAAUAUAUCCCAAACUCAGCACGAAUUCAUAAUAUGGAUUUGAUAUAUAUCAACACGACCUAUGUACAUACUAUUAUAGUAUUAUAUAUAUACUUCUAUAAUGUGCAUAUACGUAAAUAAUAUUAUAUGAUAUAACAUAUGUAGAUUAUCCUAACACCACUACCAAAGACAGUGUCUCAACACCUGUCUUUCUUUUGUGUAUGGCUGCUGUUACACGUGUCUCUUGGACACACAGCUCACACAAUCGGGUCUUGUAACAUUGAGUUAUGUGUUAUACUAAAAAGCUCCAAGACUCAAUUAGUUCCAUAUGACACACUGAGCUCUUUGUCAUACACUGCACUCUAUGACAUACAAUUAACUCAAUGACACCAUAAGCGCUCUAUUACAUGCAGUGAGCUCAGUGACAAACUAAUGUACGCUGUGUUAUAAUGAGAUCAGUGGCACGCUGAUGGAAGCCGUGUUAUAACGAGCUCUGAUACACAUUUAUGUAAGCUGUGUUAUAACGAGCUCUGAUACACAUUUAUGUAAGCUGUGUUAUGAUGAGCUCAUUGCCAGGGAUGUAAGCUGCGUGAUAACGAGCUCAGUGACACUAAUGUAAGCUGUGUUAUAACGAGCUCAGUGACACUAAUGUAAGCUGUGUUAUAACGAGCUCAGUGACACUACUGUAAGCUGUGUUAUAACGAGCUCAGUGACACUAAUGUUAGCUGUUAUAACGAGCUCAAUGACACUAAUGUAAGCUGUGUUAUAACGAGCUCAGUGACACUAAUGUAAGCUGUGUUAUAACUAGCUCAGUGACACUACUGUAAGCUGUGUUAUAACUAGCUCAGUGACACUAAUGUUAGCUGUUAUAACGAGCUCAGUGACACUAAUGUAAGCUGUGUUAUAACGAGCUCAGUGACACUAAUGUAAGAUGUGUUAUAACGAGCUCAGUGACACUGAUGUAAGCUGUGUUAUAACGAGCUCAGUGACACUAAUGUAAGCUGUGUUAUAACUAGCUCCGAUACACACUAAUAUAACCUGUGUUAUCAUUAUCUCCGUGACACAUUGAAUUUGUUCUGUGACGAAAAUGGAGUUUGAUGAGUCACACCUGGCUUACACACGGCUGUGAAACAUCAAGACUCGUUGAUACACGGUGCUAUUCUACAGGUAAAAGGUUAACCACGCGCUUUUUACCAUUAUAAGAAAAAAAAUAUUAUUUUUGUACUUGCCACUAGGCGGUAUCUUUAUAUUACAAUACUGCCCCUAGGCCCCGUGGUCUCUGAUGCCCCGUGUAAUUUCUCCUUAAUCUAGGAUUUAUAUGCGAGAAUUCUUUUUUUGAUAUUUUUAUUUUUGACACUUUCUUUUGUAUGAUCGAUGAAAUACCAUACUGUGUCAACUGUACAUCUUCAUUCUCCUUAUCACAGUUGUCAUUACUAGUAAUCACACGUAAAUCACUGUACACUGUCUUUACUAGUAAACACGCGUAAAUCACUGUACACUGUCUUUACUAGUAAUCACGUAAAUCAUUGUACACUGUCUUUACUAGUAAUCACGUAAAUCACUGUACACUGUCUUUACUAGUAAUCACGUAAAUCACUGUACACUGUCUUUACUAGUAAUGACACGUAAAUCAUUGUACACUGUCUUUACUAGUAAUCACGUAAAUCACUGUACACUGUCUUUACUAGUAAUGACACGUAAAUCAUUGUACACUGUCUUUACUAGUAAUCACGUAAAUCACUGUACACUGUCUUUACUAGUAAUGACACGUAAAUCAUUGUACACUGUCUUUACUAGUAAUCACGUAAAUCACUGUACACUGUCUUUACUAGUAAUGACACGUAAAUCAUUGUACACUGUCUUUACUAGUAAUCACGUAAAUCACUGUACACUGUCUUUACUAGUAAUGACACGUAAAUCACUGUACACUGUCUUUACUAGUAAUCACGUAAAUCAUUGUACACUGUCUUUACUAGUAAUCACACGUAAAUCAUUGUACAAUGUCUUUACUAGUAAUCACGUAAAUCAUUGUACACUGUCUUUACUAGUAAUCACACGUAAAUCACUGUACACUGUCUUUACUAGUAAUCACACGUAAACCACUGUACACUGUCUUUACUAGUAAUCACACGUAAAUCACUGUACACUGUCUUUACUAGUAAUCACACGUAAAUCACUGUACACUGUCUUUACUAGUAAUCACGUAAAUCACUGUACACUGUCUUUACUAGUAAUCACGUAAAUCAUUGUACACUGUCUUUACUAGUAAUCACACGUAAAUCACUGUACACUGUCUUUACUAGUAAUCACACGUAAACCACUGUAUACUGUCUUUACUAGUAAUCACACGUAAAUCACUGUACACUGUCUUUACUAGUAAUCACACGUAAAUCACUGUACACUGUCUUUACUAGUAAUCACACGUAAACCACUGUACACUGUCUUUACUAGUAAUCACACGUAAAUCAUUGUACACUGUCUUUACUAGUAAUCACGUAAAUCACUGUACACUGUCUUUACUAGUAGUCACGUAAAUCACUGUACACUGUCUUUACUAGUAAUCACGUAAAUCAUUGUACAUUGUCUUUACUAGUAAUCACGUAAAUCACUGUACACUGUCUUUACUAGUAAUCACACGUAAAUCACUGUACACUGUCUUUACUAGUAAUCACACGUAAACCACUGUACACUGUCUUUACUAGUAAUCACACGUAAAUCACUGUACACUGUCUUUACUAGUAAUCACACGUAAAUCAUUGUACACUGUCCUUACUAGUAAUCACGUAAAUCACUGUACACUGUCUUUACUAGUAAUCACACGUAAAUCACUGUACACUGUCUUUACUAGUAAUCACACGUAAAUCAUUGUACACUGUCCUUACUAGUAAUCACGCAAAUCAUUGUACACUGUCUUUACUAGUAAUCACGUAAAUCAUUGUACACUGUCUUUACUAGUAAUCACGUAAAUCAUUGUACACUGUCUUUACUAGUAAUCACGUAAAUCACUGUACACUGUCUUUACUAGUAAUCACACGUAAAUCAUUGUACACUGUCUUUACUAGUAAUCACGUAAAUCAUUGUACACUGUCUUUACUAGUAAUCACGUAAAUCAUUGUACACUGUCUUUACUAGUAAUCACGUAAAUCAUUGUACACUGUCUUUACUAGUAAUCACACGUAAAUCACUGUACACUGUCUUUACUAGUAAUCACGGAAAUAACUGUACACUGUCUUUACUAGUAAUCACGUAAAUCAUUGUACACUGUCUUUACUAGUAAUCACGGAAAUAACUGUACACUGUCUUUACUAGUAAUCACGUAAAUCACUGUACACUGUCUUUACUAGUAAUCACACGUAAAUCAUUGUACACUGUCUUUACUAGUAAUCACGUAAAUCACUGUACACUGUCUUUACUAGUAAUCACACGUAAAUCACUGUACACUGUCUUUACUAGUAAUCACGUAAAUCAUUGUACACUGUCAUUACUAGUAAUCACACGUAAAUCAUUGUACACUGUCUUUACUAGUAAUCACACGUUAAUCAUUGUACACUGUCUUUACUAGUAAUCACACGUAAAUCAUUGUACACUGUCUUUACUAGUAAUCACACGUAAAUCAUUGUACACUGUCUUUACUAGUAAUCACGUAAAUCACUGUACACUGUCUUUACUAGUAAUCACGUAAAUCACUGUACACUGUCUUUACUAGUAAUCACGUAAAUCACUGUACACUGUCUUUACUAGUAAUCACGUAAAUCAUUGUACACUGUCUUUACUAGUAAUCACACGUAAAUCACUGUACACUGUCUUUACUAGUAAUCACGUAAAUCAUUGUACACUGUCUUUACUAGUAAUCACGUAAAUCACUGUACACUGUCUUUACUAGUAAUCACGUAAAUCAUUGUACACUGUGUUUACUAGUAAUCACGUAAAUCACUGUACACUGUCUUUACUAGUAAUCACGUAAAUCAUUGUACACUGUCUUUACUAGUAAUCACACGUAAAUCACUGUACACUGUCUUUACUAGUAAUCACGUAAAUCAUUGUACUCGCCUUCUGUAAUAAGACAUUAACGUAAGUCGGCAUGGACAAAGUUCUGGAGGUUAAGCAGCCUACGACUGACUCAAACAUUACUGGUAGUGUGUACACGACAGGCUCAAACAUUACUGGUAAUGUGUACACGACAGACUCAAACAUUACUGGUAGUGUGUACACAACUGACUCAAACAUUACUGGUAGUCUGUAACAACUGACUCAAACAUCACUGGUAGUCUGUAAACUACUGACUCAAACAUUACUGGUAGUCUGUAAACAACUGACUCAUACAUUACUGGUAGUGUGUGUACACAACUGACUCAAACAUUACUGGUAGUCUGUAAACAACUGACUCAAACAUUACUGGUAGUGUGUAAACAACUGACUCAAAUAUCACUGCGACUUAAAAUGUUUCGUCAACAUGUUGGUACUCACUAUAAGAUCAAUGUUUGGUUUUGAGUACACUUGUACUCUCUUUAGUAAUGGCCUUAAUGAUUUUGACAAAUUGCUGACCUGACUCCUGGUUGUGGCUGCACGGUAGAUUUCUCAGUUCAAUAAAGGUCUGGAUGUGAGUAAACUUUAAAUCCUUGUACUUACUUUACUAUACCUUCAGUUGUGACAAUAAACUUAUCUUAUUCUUUAUUUUACUCGUCUUAGACCCCUAUGUCACCUACAAUAUAGCUCACGGUUUUUGAUGUCACUACCAUAUCUGUCCAUUGCCAUAUCUGGUCAUUACCAUAUCUACCCAAGUAUCGGAAACGAUCCCUGUACCUUUGUCUGACGACUGGAGUUUGGUAGUUAGGUCCCAUAACACACAUCUGUGCUAUAUUUCGUUGAGUCAUAUCCAUAGCUUCAUUAGCAUUAACGGUGUAAAAUAUAUACAUCAUCCUGGAAUGUUAGUAGCGAGUCCACAGGUCAUCCUGGAAUGUUAGUAGCGAGUCCACAGGUCAUCAUGUAAUGUUAGUAGCGAGUCCACAGGUCAUCCUGGAAUGUUAGUAGCGAGUCCACAGGUCAUCCUGGAAUGUUAUAAACAGCAUCUGAAAUUUCGGCCUUAUUGCGAAAUAUGUUAUUUAAAGUGGAUUCAUUUUAUCGAGUUGGUAGACACAAAGUAUAGUUCGCCGAAAUUGCACGUAUGUUUUUUUCCACCGGAACAUAUAAAGGCAAAAUAAAAUAAAACAAAAAAGAAUGAAAAAAUGUAAACGUUGCACUAUACAAUGACCAUAUUAAACUGCAAUUACCUCUCGUCGAUUCUGUCUUUGUUGAUUCGCAUAGAUUUUCUUAUUUAGUCUUGACGUGGUCGUUUCAACGCGACAAGUUUCGGUCUAAUAAACGGUUGUACCUUCUACACAAGUCUUUCAUACUCUCACGUACCGAAUUGGACGCGUUAAACACAUAUCGCGUUUGCUUUUAGGUGUUGACUUCAUGUACCGCGUUGGCUAUUUGGCGUUAGGCAUAACUUCUACCAUGUUCGAUACUUGGCAUUAACCUUGUAUACCGCGUUUGGUAUUUGGGGUUUACCUCUUUUACCACGGAAGAUACCGGGCGUUAGGCUUAGGUACCGGGAUUUAGCGACAGUACUGGGCUUUAGUCUAGAUACUGGGCGUUAGCCUUAGAUACAGGGUUUUAGCGUUAGUUACUGGGCUUUAGCCUAGAUACUGGGCAUUAUCCCAAGAUACAGGGUUUUAGCGUUAGUUACUGGGCUUUAGCCUAGAUACUGGGCGUUAGCCUUAGAUACAGGAUUUUAGCGUUAGUUACUGGGCUUUAGCCUAGAUACUGGGCGUUAUCCCUAGAUACAGGGUUUUAGCGUUAGUUACUGGGCUUUAGCCUAGAUACUGGGCGUUAGCCUUAGAUACAGGAUUUUAGCGUUAGUUACUGGGCUUUAGCUUUAGGUACGGGGUUUUGGCGUUAGGCACUGUGUGUUAGCCUUAGGUACGGGGUUGAGUAUGUGGCGUUGGCCGUAUUUAGCGACGUCUAUACACGUACAUGGCGAUAUGCUUUACAUCCUUUCGUACCUACCUACACAGAUCUUACUAUUGCGUUAUAUGCCGAAAAUAGAUCCUCUUUACUGAACAAUAGUUAUAUUACUUUAACCUCAAAGCGGUUUGCCAUUAAAACAUCUAUUUUGUUUAUUCUCAUCAUAAUAAAUACAUAUUCAAAAUAUCAUGCCAUCAAAUGCAAAAUGAUGUUGGUCACCAUUGUUUAACUGCAAUAUUGGUAUUAUGCGUACUGUAAAAUACCUAUUAUCAUUAUCGAGAAAAAAUUGUUUAACAAUUUCAGCUGCUCAUAUAUUUUAUGUUAUAUGUUGAUAUAUAUAUAUAUAGAUAUAAAAAUAUAUAAGCGUUUGAGAUGAGGACGGGCGAGGUGCCGGUAUUAUAAGCUGGACAGAGACCCUAUUGUUGUAUGUAAUGAGCUACUGUUAUUAUUUGUUUAUUAUGUAAAAAGUAAAUACUGCUGAACAUAACAGCCUUCAAAGUGA